CCAGAUAAGAGGUGCAGUCGGGUCAAGGUAGGCGGAAUGCCAUCGUUCCAUUGCAAUGUUGAUGACUUUGGUCGUACGGCAGAGUUCAUUGAAAGUAUAAAACUUUGGUGCAGGCUCCCAUACUCGGCGAGCAGUGUCGUGGUGGCGUAAGUUUAGGAUCUAUUCUACAAUUUACUUCUACAAGUCAUUACUCAAGAGAGACAUCAUUUGGACACUUUUGGGUUAUAAAUCUUAGCAAGACGGAUACUUCCAAUCGCAAAACAUCUCUCUCUUCCGAAAAAGACCCUACCAAAUCAGCGGCAGACACCAAACCUUCUCUCCCCCCCUCGAAAUCACGUGGCCCAGAUAGCAUCUCUAAUGGCACAUUCGGCGGCCCGGUGAAUAUAGACGAUAUCAUUCUGAGGACCAAUGGCCAUACCACGGCCAUGCGGCGCCAAUUCAGCUCGAUGUCAGCUCCAGGCCUGGGUUUCUCCAUCACCAACUCAUGGGUUGGAUACCUCAGCAACUUCGGACAAAAUCUGAUUUACGGUGGGCCCCAAUCUUGCUUGUUCGGCCUCUUGGCUGCUUUCGUGGCCCAGUUCAUCAUCUCCCUUGGCUUAAGUGAAAUUGCUUCAGCAUUUCCGUCAAGCGGUGGAUAUUUGGUCGGAUGGAUGUCAACGCUGGCUUGGUGGAUCGUCACAUGCUCUGGGACAGCUCUGUUCGCCGCAACUCUUUCAGGAAUGAUGGGCUUUUGGCAUCCUGCUUUCGAAGGAACUCAGUGGCAGAUCUACCUGAUCUAUGUUGGAACGGCAACUGUCACAAUGCUUCCGCUGGUCUUCACGUCUAAGAAGAUUACUUUGACCGUUCAAAUCUCGCUCUAUUCCUCCUUGAUCGGUUUUUUCAUCGUCCUAUGUGUAACCACCCGCAUGCAUAAGCACAUCAUGCCCGCAUCCUUCAUCACACAGUCCGGACUCGGUUCCAGUGGCUGGUCACCAGGGGUCGCCUGGAUCUUAGGAAUCACGAAUGCUAUGUACGCUUUUGGUGGGACCGAUGGAGCAAUUCACAUCAGCGAGGAAAUAUCACAGCCGGGAAGGCGAGUUCCUCAGGUAAUGAUGCUCACGAUCUUAAUAGGCUUGGACACGGCCUUUCCGCUGUUAUUAGCACUGAUCUUCUUCAUGACUGGGUUGGACGCCGUCACUUCGGCCCGACUUCCAAGUUUGGAGCUGAUCAACCAAGCAACUGGUAACGAAGAUAUCACUCUGUUCCUUUUCGCAUACAUUCUGCUUGUAUAUCUAGUCUCCAUACCAUCUCAAUGGAUGACUGGCGGCCGGCUAGCAUGGGCAUUUGCUCGCGAUGUAACCUUCAAUUCCAUCGUAACUUCGGCAGUUCUGUUCCUGGAUAUCACAUAUGUGGUACCGCAGGUGAUCCUGCUGUUCCAGGGCCGGAACAAAUCUCUUCCUCCUCGCUAUCUGGACUUGGGCUGGUUUGGAUACGUUUGUAACGUGUUUUCCGUCCUGUGGAUUGUAAUCCUGGGGGUGUUCAUUUGCAUGCCACCAACGUUGCCAGUGACGGCUGGAUCCAUGAACUACAACUAUGUCGUUCUUGUAGGGAUUCUGGGCAUUGUGCUUGUGUUUUGGUCCAUUGAUGGGCGGAAGAAUUUCAAAGGUCCCAACAUUGACUGGGACAUGAUCAGGGCUCUCAACGCCGCAGGAACAGCGACAGAAGGUCAAAGAUGUUAGAUGAGAUUUCUCAUGGCGCUCGUACAGAGAGAUUUUUGUCUUCUUGUCGAUAAGUAGCGGAGGAAAUGUCACAAUGCCACAUCAUAAAUGACUCCUGGAGUCUAGCUGGUGAUAUGCCUCACGAAUGAAGCAGUCUCUAACUUGGUAAUAGAACGAGCCCGCGAACAGGACUCCCCUUGCAUUAUAAGUGUAAAUGAUAGCCGAGGCACGAUAGAUCCUUGAGGAACAGACUUGGUCGAUCUGGGGAACCUACAAU